AUGGCCUCUCAUCCUGUGUACCCGGCCAUAGGAGCUGAGUUCCCAUUCUGGUUUGAGAAAUCUCUUUAUGACCUUAUAAAAGGUUUGAGGAAUCACAAGGGGUCAGAGGAGGACUACAUACAAGACAGUCUUCGAGAGUGUAAGGCUGAGAUCAAGUCUCAGGAUAUGGACAAGAAAGCUACAGCUCUACUGAAACUGAUCUACUUGGAAAUGUUUGGGUAUGACAUGUCCUGGGCUUCGUUCCAUGUACUGGAAGUCAUGUCAUCUACCAGGUACCUGCAGAAGAGAGCUGGCUACCUUGCAGCAGUACAGAGCUUUAGACCAGAUACUGAAGUCCUAAUGUUGGCUACAAACCUACUAAAAAAGGAUUUGGUGUCGCCUAGUAUCCCAAACAUGUCCCUCCCUUUGAUUACAUUGCCAAACAUUAUCACACCUUCACUUGCAAUGUCUUUGCUUCCAGAUGUUCUGUCCCGCAUUUCUCACUCACAUGCUGUGGCUCGUAAGAAAGCUGUUGUGUGCCUUUAUAGACUUGCCCUGGUUUAUCCCGAAGCGCUAAAAUUGGCAUGGCCCAAAAUUAAGGACCGCCUCAUGGAUGAUGAAGAAGAUAGCAGCGUCACCACAGCGGUGAUUAACGUUUUCGCAACAUUGACACCCAUAGAACCACGAUUAACACGAAAACUUAUCCGGCCAUUGAUCAACAUAAUACAAACAACAACUGCCAUGUCAUUGCUGUAUGAGUGUAUCAACGGCAUAGUUCAGGGCGGUAUUCUUGAUGGCGAGGAAGGGCUGGAAGAAAAAAACGAGAUUGCAAGUCUCUGUCUCGGAAAGCUCCGAGGCAUGGUGGUCACAGAGUCCGAUCCCAAUUUAAAAUAUGUUGCUCUCCUUGCCUUCAACAGAAUUGUGAUGUCUCACCCCGUCUUGGUGUCAGCUCAUCAGGAUGUUAUCAUGGAUUGUUUGGAGGAUCCGGACAUUUCAAUUCGACUGCGAGCCCUUGACCUCGUGACUCGAAUGGUAACAAGCGAUACGCUCCAGCCAGUGGUAAAUCGGCUUGUUGAUCAACUUUUUAAUGCCGGUCAAGUCACCAAAAGCACUCUUGUAGCCGAGAGUUGUGAGACAGGUAUACGCACUGACAUGCAAGAAUCUACAUUAUCAGAAGGUCUACAUGUUCAGAAGAUACCGGUUGCCUUGCCAAGCGACUAUAGCAUUGAAGUCGUACACCGAAUUUUAGAUGUCUGCUCUUACAACAAUUAUUCGGAGCUGCCUGACUUCGAGUGGUACGUUGACGUUCUCGUCCAAUUAGUCAAGCUGCUUCCUCCAAGCGUUGAAGAGCUUCCUACCCAGUGCAAUUCAUGUCAGGAUCCUGAGUACUACAAAAACUGUGUUGCUUUUCGUAUCGGCUCAGAAAUACGCAAUAUCGCUGUCCGCGUUAGGGGCGUUAGAAUGGAGGCGACCAGAGCUGCAGAGACUCUGAUCCUAGUUGAUAACAAGCAGGGUCCGUCUCUUCUUAUCUCCAAACAAAUGAAUGACAUCUUAGGGCCUCUUGCCUGGGUCACUGGUGAAUUUGCAGAGCAUCUUGCAUAUCCUGGCCAAACCCUUCAAUCACUGGUCGAUAUGUCGAACGUGGCGUUAUCAGCGAGAACGCUGUCCCUUUAUAUACAGGCUAUUCCCAAAAUCCUGGCCUAUAUCGCUUGUGCUGGAGGCAAAGCGUGGGACUCUUCAAAGAACAGUGAAAUGACCCUCUUACUAGGUCGAAUCAUCGAAUUUCUUGAUGUUUUGGCUGCCCACCCAGACUUGGACGUGCAAGAAAGGGCCAUCGAAUUUUUGGAGGUCAUGCGCUUAGCAGCAGAUGCCGUCCAGGCAGAAACUCUAGAACUGGGUCCGGCACCAUCCUUGCUGUCAUCUAUGGUUCCCAGCUUGUUCCUUGGACUAGAACUCAACCCGGUCGCUACCAACGCCCAGAGGAAGGUUCCUUUGCCAGAUCAGCUUUCUCUAACACGGGAGUUCAACAAGGAACUGUAUGGGCUUUUCCAUAACCCAGCCAAGUGGCUUCCGGAGCCAGCAGGCCAACUACCAUCUCAGAUGUUUUAUCACGUUAAGGAAACUUCAGUGCUAGAUAAGCAGCCUGUUGAAUUUGUACCUCUGGAUUUGCAACUUAAUCCAACAUACCAGGACCUCUCCAGUGGCUUGGGCGAUGACACUGCUGCUUUUAAACGGAGAGAGGAACGGAAAGAACGUAACAGGGAUGAUCCAUUUUAUAUUGCUGCUGAAGAUGAAUUAUCUUCUGGCACAUUGACACCAUUUCACCAAGCUCUUAAUACUUCAAACGGUAGUGGGCUGGAUAUUGACUCUAUUCCCAUAGUUGAUCUCAAGUUAAGCGGCGCCGGAAGCCAUCGCACUUUGGCGUCUAUAUCGCGCGAUAACCGACAAGGUGGUUCACGCCCUAAAAAGUACGAGAUUGCACCUGAUGAGAUGAUCGGACAAGAAGAUUCACCCCAUCUUAACCCCAAUGAUGAACCAAGUAAAGCCAAACGAUCUCUUCUACAGGUCGACUCGAGUGGCCUCGAGCAUUUAUCCUUGGAUGGCAGGGGCAGCCCCUUGGUAGAUACCACAGUUCCUACGAUGGUGGCCGGGCAUGAUGCAGAAAUGGCUAUGGCUGUGCAGGAAGUGGAAAAGCUGCGGCUAGAGAUGCAAAGAGCGUCGGAACGUGUUCAUCCGAAUGGCAUCCCUGCAGAAGGGACGCUGGAAGCUGCCCUGCUGAAGCCUAAAGAUGCAUUGUCGGUGGACAACACUCAGCAAACGUUACUUCCAUCUGUGGUACCAAAGAGAAAGAAGAAAGCAAAAAAACAAACCAAUGUUGACUCGGGUAGCGCAGUCUAA